AUGGGAAUGGCAAAGAACAAAAAACUAUGCUUUAAAUGUGAUGAAGAAAAAAUAACAUAUAAUUGUGAAGGAUGUGCAAAAAAAUUUUGUUUAAUGGAUUUAAAUGAACAUCGUCAAGUAUUAACUAGUGAAUUACAUCAAAUCACCAAUGAAUAUAAUGAAUUUAAACAAAGAAUUAAUGAACAAAAACGAAAUCCACAUAAUCAUUCCUUAAUAAAUCAGAUUAAUCAAUGGGAAAUAGAAUCAAUUGAAAUAAUUCACCAAAAAGCACAAGAAUACAGAGAAAUCCUCAUUAAAUCUUCAGAAACAUGUAUUAAUGAUAUUGAAAUGAAAUUUAAAAAUUUAAAUGAACAAAUAAAACAAAUUCAUCAAGAAAAUGAAUUUAAUGAAAUUGAUCUAAAUUAUUUAAGAAAUCAAUUAAUAGAAAUUACAGAAGAACUAAAUAAUCCAUUAAAGAUUCCUAUUAAAGAAGAUUUACAAUCCUUUAUUGAUGCAAUUCCAAUUAUUUCAUCAAAAAAAUCAAAAGUCAAUAAAUGGAAACAAAAUGCCAUUACUGUAGCUGGUGGAAAUGGGAUAGGACAAGCAUUAUAUCAACUCACUUGGUCUAAAGGAAUCUUCAUUGAUAAAAAUAAAAAUGUUUUUAUUGCUGAUAUUGGAAAUCAUCGUAUUGUUACAUGGAAACACAAUGCAAAAGAAGGACAAAUCAUUGCAGGCGGAAAUAAACAAGGAUAUCGAAUGGAUCAAUUGAAUUUUCCAACUGAUGUGAUUGUUGAUCAACAAAGUCAUGCGAUUAUCAUUGCUGAUCAAGGGAACAGACGAGUGAUUCAAUGGUUAAAUCAAACUCAAAAAAUUGUUAUUAAGAAUAUUGACUGUCAUGGCUUGGCAAUGGACAAACAUGGAUUUCUUUAUGUUUCGGAUCAUAAUAAGAAUGUAGUCAGACGAUGGAAAAUGGGAAAAUAUAACAAUAAAGGAAUUGUAGUCGCAGGUGGAAAUGGCAGAGGAAAUCAACUCAAUCAACUCAAUGGUCCUACUUUUAUCUUUGUUGAUAAAGAUCAAUCUAUUUAUGUAUCAGAUAGGAACAAUGAUCGUGUGAUAAAAUGGAGAAAAGAUGCAAAAGAAGGAAGAAUUGUGGCUGGAGGAAAUGGUAAAGGAGCAAAUCUCAAUCAAUUAUCUUCACCUCAAGGUGUAAUUGUUGAUGAUUUUGGUCAAAUCUAUGUGGCAGAGUAUUCGAAUCAUCGAAUAAUGCGUUGGUGUGAAGGGAAGGAAGAAGGUGAAAUUGUUGUUGGUGGAAACGGUGAAGGAAAUCAAUCAAAUCAAUUGAAUCGUCCCCAUGGUUUAUCUUUUGAUGACGAAGGAAAUCUUUAUGUUGCUGAUUGGUUAAAUUAUCGAAUUCAAAAAUUUGAAAUACUUUUGUGA